GCGCAGCUGAAAGCGCCUGAGCGGUGAGAGGGAAAGCGACUGGAGUUGACAAGGUAACAGAUUACCGCUGCUGCCCUGAGAUCCCGGACCUGUCUGCUGUCAGCGUGUCGCUGGUUGACCGGGAACACCGGCGGGCUGGUUAGAAGCACCGGGAGGCGUGUGGAUGUGUCGGUCCCGGCCGGUGCUCGGGCUGCGAUCACAACAGAAUGGGCCUGAACUGAGCCGGUGAACAUUUGCAGCACAGCAGGACAAAUCCCUGGAACCGUUUGCCACAACCAACAGGAGAUCCUUCCUGAAACUUCCUGAAAAGCUGCCUCUGGAAGCGACACAGCAGAGAUUCGAGCUUCCUCUAAAUCCAUCCUCAGCAGGGGGAGAGAUGGAGGACUGACGACCCGGGGACCAGCAGGGGACAGAAAGCCGCUCCUCCCUCCCGUCUGCCGGCAGACAUGGCCGGGCUCAAACGCCACCACGACGGGAAGAUCGCCGGGCUGUACGACCUGGACAAGACGCUGGGCCGCGGCCACUUUGCCGUGGUCAAACUGGCCCGCCAUGUGUUCACUGGGGAAAAGGUGGCGGUAAAGGUGAUAGAUAAGACCAAGCUGGACCCGGUGGCGCGGGCCCACCUCUUCCAGGAGGUGCGGUGCAUGAAGAUGGUGCAGCACCCCAACGUGGUGCGCCUGUACGAGGCCAUCGACACGUCCACCAAGCUCUACCUCAUCCUGGAGCUGGGCGACGGGGGCGACAUGUACGACUGCAUCAUGAAGCACGAGGGAGGCCUCGGAGAAGACGUGGCGAAGUGUUACUUUGCUCAGAUCGUCCACGCCAUCUCCUACUGCCACCGGCUGCACGUGGUGCACCGGGACCUCAAGCCCGAGAACGUGGUGUUCUUCGAGAAGCAGGGCAUCGUCAAGCUCACCGACUUCGGCUUCAGCAACCGCUUUCAGCCCGGGACGACGCUGCACACCUCCUGCGGCUCGCUGGCCUACUCCGCUCCGGAAAUACUGCUGGGGGACGAGUACGACGCUCCCGCCGUGGAUAUCUGGAGUCUGGGGGUGAUCCUCUUCAUGCUGGUCUGCGGUCAGCCCCCCUUUCAGGAGACCAACGACAGCGAGACACUAACUAUGAUCAUGGACUGUAAAUACACAGUGCCUCCGCACAUCUCCCAUGCAUGCAAAGACCUCAUAGGCCAUAUGCUGCAGAGAGACCCCAAGAAAAGGGCGACCCUGGAGCAGAUCGGGGACCACCAGUGGCUGCAAGGUGUCGACCCCUCCCCGGCCACCAAGCUGUCCACCCCUCUGGUGUCCCACCGGAGCUUAUCUGAGGAGGAGCAUGGCUCCAUCAUCCAGCGCAUGGUGCUGGGGGCCAUCGCAGACAGAGACGCCAUAACUGAGGCUCUGGAGUCGAACCAGUACAACCACAUCACCGCCACCUACUUCCUGCUGGCAGAGAGGAUGCUGAGAGACAGACAGGAGAAGGAGCAACACAGUCAGACGCGGUCGCCCAGCCCCAGCAAGGCCCAGUUUAGGCAGUCUUGGCCCACCAGAGUGGACGUGCACCAGGAUGUCAGUGAUGGGUUAGGAGGUCCCGCCAUGUCCCACCCCGGAGGGCCACAGUCUCCUGCCCGCAGUGCAGAGAGCCUCCACAAAGGUCCCAGACCCAAAACAGCCCUGCUGGACCUCGGUCAGCGCCAGGAGAACCCGUCCCCAGCGUCCAGCCAGCAGCAGCAGUCCACACAACCCAACCAGGAGAGGGGUCUCAGGCCUCUGGCGAAGCCGCACUCCAACCCCCUCCGGCUGGGCUCCCUGGGCUCCCUGGGCUCCCUGGGGGCGGUGGGCCCUUGCAAGCCACGCAGCCCCAGUCUUUUCAGCGUGGAAGAAGAUGAGGAGGAAGAAGGGGCUCCAGACAAGUGUUUGCCCCCUUUCUCACUGCCUUCCCAGGUGGUGCUUCGUCGCAAAGCCGCCUCUUCCUCAUCAUCCAUGUCUUCCGGUAACCGUAUGACGUCUCGUAUGAGCGCCCCGGUUCUUAACCAGAUUCAUGAAGAAGAUAAAGAGGAGGACGAGGAGGAGGUGAGAAAAGAGUUGCAUGGACUUAACCCCCCCAAACCUAGUCUGAGCCUCAAUCUGAACUCUAGGAUACCGUCACCUUCGUCACAAACGGCGUCACCUCAGACUGUCGGCGUGAUGGCGCCAGUUGCGUCUUUCUCUCCAAGCUCAGAGACUAGUGACGACGAGACGGAGAGUCACUUUAAACCGGAGACAUUUCACGAAGGUGGACAAGGAGACGGGAGAGAAGGGAGGAAAGAGGAUGUAGAGAAAGGGGGGACAGGACAAGGGGGUUCCCCCCCGAACUGUGCUAGUCCGGGAUCAGGAGCGGCCCAUAAUAAGAGCACGGCCAAGGCGGCCAGCGGCCUGGUGGAGAGCCUGAAGCUGAUGAGCCUGUGCCUGAGCUCUCAGUUCCAAACCCUCACGGGAGGAGGUGGAGGCAGCGGAGGCGUGGUGGGGGGGGAGGCGCAGGACCGGCCCGUGUGGAGGAUGUGCAUGGGCGGCUCCACCGGCAGCCUGGAUAAGGUGUCCCUCCUGGGGGGCCCUUCCCCCCGGGGGAACCUGUACCACCAGCCGGUGCUCGGGGACGCGCUGGCAGACCCGCUGCUGGAGGGAGCCUGCACGGGGAGCCUGAGGCUCCGGGAGCUGGACCUGGCCAGGGACAACCACAGGAACAUGAAGAACCACGUGCUGCAGAUGCCUCUGACGGAGAAGACUCUCUCUGUCAACAUCCACCGGGGCCCCAAGGAGGGGCUCCUCUGCACCCCCACCCCGCACAGCUGCUGCCAGGUCAUAUAACACGCAGCUGGAUCCCCCGCCCGCACCUCUACACUCCACCUUUUAUCUGCAUUGACUUCAGCCAAGUCUACUCUACUGUAUAUCAGGACUGCACACUGUUUGUGUAUUUUUUUUAAUUGUUCGGUUGGUUUUUUUUGUACUGUUUUAGUUUUGUCUGACACUAAACGGUGGAAAACUGGGAGAAAAUCCAAAUGCUAAAAUUGCACAUUUAAAAACACAAAGCGUCUCCACGGAGGAGGCUGGGCGCACGCUUGUGAAGCAAGUUUUAAGAUGGCACAACAUGUUAUGUUUUAAGAUGGCACAUUAAGGAUGGAAGUAGAUACCACAAACGCUCACAACCCUUCAUCCGCAUAGUUUUACACACACACACACACACACACACACAUAUAUAUAUAUAUAUAUAUAUAUAUAUAUAUAUAUAUAUAUAUAUAUAUAUAUAUAUAUAGGAUGUGUGUGUAAAACUAUGCAGAUGUUUGUGUGUGUAUAUAUAUAUAUAUAUAUAUAUAUAUAUAUAUAUAUAUAUAUAUAUAUAUAUAUAUACAAUGUACACACCUGCGACACUCACAUAAGCUGAUUGAAAGGGAGCGCUGAUGAGAUUUUGUAUCAUGUUAUGUAUCUACUUGGCUUUUUAUUUUCAUAACUUUUAAAUUAUUUAUAAGACAAUCAUUUUAAGCUUUUUUUUUUUAAAUUGUAAUUGAAAUAUUUAAGUCCUGAUUUUUUUUGGUUCAACUGGCAACAAAUACAGGGUGAAAAACAGACAACAGCACUGCAGCAUGCUGGUGGCACGCAAUGGUUUGUAGUCUAUCACUGCUUUUUUUUUUGUGCUUUUUUUAUUUAUUUCGAACAUGCUCUGCAGUAUAUGUAUAUAUUAAAAAAAAAAAAGCACAUUCACUUGUCAAAUCUCUGCACUCAUGACAGAGUUUGUAUAUAUGUGAAUAGCUUAGCGCUACUCUGCACAUGUAGUAUCGAUGGUCAUGUCGUAUUGCAGUAGAGACCUGAAUGUCUGAUCCUGGAACACCACUAUUCUUCGAUCCCACUGGACAGUCCAGGUUCUGCUUGAACCCAGAACUCAGAAGGUGUUUGCUGGUCGAAGAAUAAAAUGAAUAAAACUCAAACCUCCAAAAUCACUAAACCUGCAGUGUCAGCUCUUCAAACAUUAAUGUGGCACUUGAUUCACGCCGCCGGAAUUAGAACCGAACACCCGAACUAUGUACAUCCUGUAGCUGUCCAGGAUCACAGUAGCCACUGUUGUAGCACAUUCAAAGAUGACAACCGAGGGGUUUUAAUAGAAAACAACACCCCCCCACCCCCUUCAGGUGUUGAUGUGUGUAACUGGAUGUGUCACCUAUCCCUAGUGGAAUAUAUAUGAAUAUAUAUAUAUAUAACUUAACAGUGCAUGAGUUUUGCUGUAGCAACUUUAUUCUUAACCCACUGAGGUCGAACCACCUGUUGUAUCUACCCAAGUAAAAUUCAGAUGGUCACUUUACUGUAACCUCACAGCAAUACCAGCGAGUGCAAAAUGGAUGUGCCAUAAAAUCUGUCUUGAGCAUAUUGUACUGUAUGUAUAUGAUAGAGAUCUAUUACAAUAAAAAUCAUGUGGCUAAA